AUGUCGCAAUCAGCCUUUGCCAACUCCACCUCGCCUGCCUAUGAAAAGGAGAAGAAACAUCGAAAGUUGGGCCGUCUGCUCGGGAAGCGAGAGAAGACCCCAGAACCGCAGCCAGACGUCGGACCCGAUUCAGCGUAUGCGUCAAGCGGAGCCAACAGCGCGGAUGGCGUCCAAGGAGGAAUUACUCCUGAAGCAGAAAGAUACCAGAAUGAGAUAAUAUCCGCGGAGAAGGAUAGUGAGAUAGCCAACAUCGACCAGGACAGGAAUCUCGCCUUGAAACCUUCGACUGGAGAGGUGUUCGAUGAAGACACAGGGGAAGUGGUGACCGUGGUGACAACGACUACGACUACCACGACCACCACAACUACAAGAGGCGGGAAGAAACAGCAAGAUGUCCAAAAGGAUGUCAAACGUGAAGUACAAUCCGGUCCGGGUCAACAACCUCAACUUCUGGAGAUGCCUGCUGGAUCCACAACGCCGGAGUAUCCUAAUCAACCGACUACAGCAUCCACCAACAUGGCCCAGAGAGAAAGGCCACCUGUGGUGACUAGCGGAGGAUUGCUUGCCGCUGACUCUCCCCCAAUACCGGCUAAAAGCGCCAUGAGGAGAUCCGGUGACUACUCGCGGGAUGCGUAUCCCCUGGAUAAUGGUCCUGUGAGCCCAGUCGAUCCUCCUUACGCAGGACGUGACAGUGGGGAACCACCUGCUAGUCCCUCGAGACACAACUUCAGCUAUCCCACUCGUUCAUCCCUCAAAACGGCUGACCAGCCAAUGCGACACAAUCAAAGCACGAUCAACGAUCUGCGAGCUGCAGCUAAGGGACUUCACGGUGUGGGAGAAACCCUUCGAGGCACGUUUAGCUCGACAAUCGACCGCCGCUUCCCAUCCAAAAAUCCCGAGAAGGCAGCUCGCAUCAACGCCCAGAACGAAGAAAUUCUAGAGAAGGGUCGAGCCGAAAUGGAGGGCGUCCCUGGAGGCUGGCCGGCACAUGAAGCUAACGACCUUCAACCCGGAUAUGCACACCAUGAGCCCAUCCCGGCAACCGAGCCAGAGGUAGCACCGCCAGUGACAGGACGAGAGCGUUCUCCAGAUGAGAAACCCGGAAGCCUGAAGAAGCUGUUCAAGCGGAAACCGGUCGCCGAACAAGGUAUGGCAAGAUGA